AUGUGCCCGCAGCUGGCAGAGAUGGGCGAACGCGAGCCGGAGUCGGACGGAGAGGACGCCGAGGUCUAUUUCCUGAAGCCGGUCAACGAGUACAACAUUGUGGACAGGAUCAAGGAGGCCAACAAGGAGCUCUUUGCGCUGGAGGAAGAGGGUGCGGGUGCUGGAGCUGGUGUCAACGGCAAUGGGAAGGUGACCAAAGUAAAGUUCGCCUUAAAUCUGGAAGAUUACGAGCCAACGGGAGGGCCGCCGGGAAAGGACCAGAGUCCCAGUCCGCCGGAUGAGCUGCUGCAGCAGUUGACGCAGCUCAAGCUAAAGACCAUCGCUGAAGAGGAGACUGUCACAUCUCCAGAGGCUUCCAAAAUUGUAGAGAAGGAGACCCCUCCUUCGCCGGUGGAGGAAGAGGUUGAGGAGGAGAUUUGCGAAGAAAUUCUAGACUUGACCGAGGUGUCUCCGCCACCUGUUGUCCAGGAGGCACUCGCCAUCCCGGAGGAAGAUGAAGACGAUUUCUCCGGCGUGGAUGAAACAGAUCUGGAUGACGUAAAAGAUGCCUCCGUUGCCGCACCGUUUCAAGUAAGGCAGAUCUCCAACUUCGAUCAGGAUGAUUCGGAUCAGAAGAGUCUCACCAAUCUGCUGACCGAGUCCGACUGCGAAGAGGAGGAGCGCACCCUAAUCGAGGCCCGCCAGAAGCUUCGCGAUGCGUACAAGAGUCUCUACAAGACGUUGGAUCCCAAGGAGCAGGCCACCAUAGACAGGUUAACGGGGGUUGGGGUCCCAGAAGAAGAACCCUUUGUUCAGCCGCUGCCAGUAGCUGCUGCAGCCGUUGCACCCGAGCCCGAUGAAGAGGAUGAUCUAUCCAUAAUUGUGGCUAGCUACAUACCCGAUAAUUUUGAGCUCAACGAGCAGAGCAUUUACUACAAGAAGGAGGAGCCGGAGGACUUGACCAGGCUGGCUAAGCAGCAAUCCUGCUCCGAAUGCCCCAAGGCCACUUCAAAGUCCUUUUUCACCUCCCGGAGUUUUAGCUUUCGGCGUCGGUCUAAGCCCACGCCCACUCCUUCAUCCGCCACAGCCUCGACCUCUCAGACCUCUCCCUCCAUUCGGAUGAACUACAAGAUCUGCUGCGAGCACCGGCACUCGCUGCAGGGUAAGCUGCCCCGCUACACGGGCUACAUGUCCGAGUACGGACUGAGCGCCCAACAGCUCCAGCGGCGGGAGCAGCAGCUGCGACGCAAGCAGCGCUUCUCCAUGGAGCAGACCAUCAAUCGCAACGAGCAAGAGCUCAAAAAGAUGCAGGACAACGAACGGGCCUUUACCACCUGGCUAAAGAACAAGAUGCGCUAUCCGAUCAAUAAGACUCGCAACAUGUUCGACGCCCACAAGAGGCGGGGCAGCGUGGCGGCCGUCGCAGGAAGUCCACACACUCAUCAGCAGGAGCAGCAACCACAUAGAGGUGGAAGCCGGCGGAGGCGGCGUCGUCACGACAGCGGGGAUGAGGAGGUAGUGCACGCCUAUCGCCACCUUCUCGGCAGCUGGAACAAGUAGCAGUCGCUCAUGUAGUUCU